AGCGGCUUCUUCAUCAUCGGUUGAUGACUAAGUUGUCAGUUAUUUAUUGCACAUGGAUGUUAUCGACGCUCUUUUAACGGGAUAUAAGAAUACCUUCAUUUUAUCAUUUUGUGAAUGUGAUUAAAACAUGGCCAGAUACGCAAUCGCAAAUGCUAUUGCCCAUCUACGUUAGAAAGCACAAAGCAGCUGAAAUUCAAACGGAUUGUUGACUUCGCUUCUCGCCGCCGGCUCUCCGUUAGAGAUGGCUUGUUGUGGUGUACAGACGUCCGACGCGUUCUGCAGUAUUCAACUGCUCAACGGCUCCGAAGUAAACAUGAAUCUUGAGGUUAAGAUGAGAGGAAGUGAUAUUCUAGACAGAGUCUACAGUCACAUGAAUCUACUGGAAACAGACUUCUUUGGACUCAGGUUCAUCGAUAAAGACAACCAAACUCAUUGGUUGAAUCCUGAGAAACAAGUAGUAAAGCAGUUAAAAAACGUGAGUCCGAUGACCAUGUACUUUGGGGUCAAGUUCUACGUGGAGGAUCCCUGUCGGUUAUCAGAGGAGGUGACUAGAUACCAGUUCUUCCUCCAGCUGAAGAUGGAUAUGCUUCAAGGGAGACUUCCAUGCAGCUUUAACCUGGCUUCAGAACUCUUCGCCUAUGCAGUGCAAUCUGAAUUAGGAGAUUAUGACCAAGAGCUUCAUCCAGCGAGCUAUGUUUCUGAGUUCCGUUUCGUUCCUAAUCAGACUGAAGAGCUGGAGAAAGCUAUCUCAGAACAUCAUAAAAAACUCAGGAGUCUUCAACCCUCGAAAGCAGAGAUGGGGUUCCUGGACAGGGCCAAGCGCCUAGAGAUGUACGGGGUAGACCUGUGUCCAGUGGUAGGCGGAGACCACAUAGAGUACUUCCUAGGGACCACGCCCAAGGGUGUGGUCAUCUACCACAACAAAAAGAGGGUUGCUUUAUACAACUGGUCAAAGAUCAAACAGAUGAACUUCAGACUUACAGAGUUCAAGAUCACGGUUGAAGGCAAGGAGUCCUCUUGGUCCCUUCCAUCGCACAGAUCCUGCAAGCAUCUAUUCCAGUGUUAUAUAGAGCAGCAUAUGUUCUUCAGGUUAAGACCGUCAAUGCUAGAACGCAAUGGAACGCUCACAAAGUCACUCAAGAGCAAUGGCAGCAGAUACAGUUUCAGAACCCAGGAGGAGGCACUGCAGAACUCGAUGAGGCUGAGGCGACCUGAGCCCCAAGUCCAGAGGGUCCCAAGCCGACGCUACCUCAGGAGAGUUGCUGGCAAUGAUGUGGAUGAGAGCCUUUACAUCAACCAUUCCUCUCUGAUGAUGAACGGAUCACUGGGUGUGGAGGAGGCAGAUGGGAUGAUGAUGUCAUCUGGUAGGGUUGCCAAGACCAUAGCUCCUGAAGCAGUUAGGAGGGCACACAGUCAGAUGAGUGGUAGAGAGAGUCCAACCUCUGGUAUCAGUAUCAGGUCUGUACCGUGGGAUGAUGCUGAUGGAGCUCUAUCUGAUAGGGGUUUGUUCACACGGAGCGGUGAGUCACCUGUCACAACAAGAAGUGCACACAAACCAAGGAGGAGACAUCACCAUGGUGACAGAUCAGGCAGCGAGACAGAGUCUAUUAGCUCUAGGAAAUACAGGUACCGAAGGUCAUUAACAGGGUCAGAGGCUAGCGGAGAUGAGACAAGUCAUCGGAGGAGGAGGAGAAGGAGAAAGUCACGAGAUAGUAGUGGGAGUGAUGGAGAGGGAAGGCAUCGGAGAAGAUCAAAGUCACGUGAUCACAUGGUAGAGUCGGAGUCUCAGUGGAAUGCCAUCCAGACAGGAGAGUUAGAGCAGAGUCGAGGGGAGGUGAGAGAACCAGGAGAAACGAUCGUCAAGAAUCUCAAGAACGGGUAUCCAUCGCCAGAUACACCGGAGGGAUACACGUGGUAUAAAGAAAGAAGACAACUUGAAGACAUCAAGGCUUCCACCGAGCUAAGGAAACACAUCCAGCUCGGUCUUCAAGAACCUGGCGUAGAGAUAGAUCCAUUAGAUAUACCAUACACCCAAGUAGUUACUGAGGAUGGUGUUGCUAUCAGAGUAUCUCACUCUCCUACCCGUCAGAGAUCUCGCCCUUCCAGUCAUGCCUACAGGAGGAGUAGAGGGGACUACCCUGAUGAAACGGAGAGCAUGCACUCAGCUCAGGGCAGUGUUCGCUCUACAGCCACCCGCAAGACCGAUCCUGGUCCACACAGAAGCCGUCAGAAUAGAAACGCAAUGCCCUUUGACCUUGUCCAGCCAGGGUCAGGAGGUCAAGGUCGUCCAACGAGAACGGCGACGUCGACGUACGAGAGUGAUGACCAGCGGGGUGGCAGAAGGAGACAUAGAAACCAGCAAGACCAGGUAAACAACAAUGGGAGGCCCUCUAGGUCAGACGUGAGUAGAGGAAGAGGAGAUGAUAUACCUGGUUAUCUUCUAGCCCAGAGAGGUCAGGGAAUGUUUAGCCAUCAACAACAAUCUGAAGCAGACCAAUAUGACAGUGCAAUAAACCAACAACGAAAACAUAAACAGCCAUCCGUGCCUCAUCCAGAACCUCCACCAUCAACAAAUUCAAAGCAAUAUCAUGCCGACCAGCCACCCCCACCGACCUAUCCUCCACCCCCUGGGUACACAUCUUCCCAUGCUGCUGUUGCCAAUGGCAACCCAAUCAGACCCAAUCCUGCAUCUUCCAUCAGACCUAGCGUACAUCACACCAGAGAAGACUCUGGGUUUGAGCAGGAAGAGACUAAUUCAUAUAACACAAGGUUGCAGCAGAGACCCGUCCAAACAAAUGCCCCUCCUCCUUUCAGAAAUAACCCCAGCAAACCUAGCAACACCUACCGUGGACACGCCCGGCAACCACCACCGCAUCCAUCCAUGCAGCAUCGUCAAGCCUCUAAGCAGCAACAUCCAUCUUCAAACAUUGCUAGUGAUUCCACUGCCAAAAACAACAACUAUCAAAAACCUUCCAUGCUACCACCAUCAUCUUCCUCUACCACUCAUCAAAACCCCCUCCCUCGCUCCCAUCCUCUGGGCGACAGGCAAAACUCGUCGCAAAGUGACAAAUCAUCUAGACCUCAUAGAUCUGAUGGGUCUGUCAAACACAUACAAGUUCCAAAUGGUGGGCUUGAACAACGCAACAGCUAUAACUCUAACAUCAGCUCCGGCAGCCAGCAACCUCCACUCCGCAAUGGACUGCAUCCCGCCACCGGUGGGAGGCUGCAUUCGGGAGUAGACAUCCUAGCCGUAAGUGAACUCCUUAAUGAGCUGGACAAACUCGGCCAGGGAGCCAGGAGCAGCAAUAGAUCAGUCCAAUCCAAUUAUAGUAAUAUUGAAGGGCGAGGUCCAUCGUCACGGCAACAGGCAGGGACUGGUGCCAGGAGGGGGAGCUAUGGGCAUCCUCCCGUUCCUCAGAACAAGGAUCGAUUGAGUGGAAGACAGAAGCCUGAUUUCAUCCCUGAUGUGCAACGUCCUCCACCACCUGUUGUAGUCAAAGGAGGGGGGAGCAAAAGAAUGAGCAUCACAACUUCAGAGAUACUACGGGUGAGUCGAUCUGAUGGCCACAAUCGCAAUCUACUCACAGAGCUCUGAUCUGACGAAGAGCUGCCUGGUGUAUUAAUGGUUGACACCAAUAACCUGAUAAUUAUCAUGUAUUCUAUUUGGUAUAUGUAUUCAUAUUUAUUUCAUUCAUAUCAGAAUCCAUACAUACAGCUGUUUGGAGCCAGAAGGAUGGUAACUCAUGUACUUUGAUACAGAGUUAAUGCCCUUUCGGCUCUGAACAGACGAUCAAUCAUACAUUGAUGAGGUUUUAAUUAGUUUUUAUGUUGGAUUUUAGAAACACAUGAAGAAGAUUUAGAAUUUUUUUGGGAAACAACUUAAAAAAAACACAGAUGAGUUCAGUCAUUUGAAGAAUGCCAAUUCAAUAGGCUAACUUUCUCAGUAAAGAAGCAAAGUGAAGAUUUUGAUGACAGAACUUAGAUGAAGAAAUCCCUAUUUUGUUUAAAUUUCUUCAAAUGUAUCUGAAAUAGACAAAUGGGGGGGGGGGGGGGAUGAAGAAGAAAAUGUCAAGGAACAGCUAUUGUGAGACAGAUAAUAAUCAAGACGCACCUAUUGACUGGCCUUUUUAAAAAGUUUUCUAAUCAAGUUUUCACCAAUCUCUGGUCGCAUUUAUAGAGAAACAGGUGACAAGUCAUUGGUGUGUGUGCUUUUUAUGCAUUUUGAUAUGUAUUUUAUUACUUUUUAAUAUAUGCAUCAUAUUUAUAUAAAUUUUAUAUGGGUGUAUGAUGAAGUUGUUCUCAGGAUAUACAUGUUGGAGGACGAGUCUAUCAGAACUUCAAAUCCCCACAUCUAUCCACCUUUUCUGGGAUCCUAUUCCUUGUUGCGCUCUUGAUAUGUCUAAGGGCAUUUAAGUGAAUCCAUAGUUUUCAGAGAGCAAUUUGCAGUAUCAUCUGUACACAGCCAGAAGGGCGUUAAUGCUGCGUUGAUGGAUCUGAGUGACUCCCUUCUGGCUGCAAACACAUAUAUAGUAUGAAUAAAAGAAAUGGAAAUUUUUAUUACAAGUUCAAAUGAUCAAAGAUUGACAAUUCAAAUUGUUAUAAAAAUGUCUCUAUUCAGAGUCAUUACAUUGAAAUGAACACUCUGAGGAUUAAUUUCUGAUUAAACUAGAAAGCAUCGUCUUAUCUCCUUAAUUUCAAAUGAGUUCUAUCAUUUUGUGAUACUAUAUUAUUCCUACAGUGCAGAUGCAUGCUAUGAUAUGUAUGUGUCUUCGCUAUGUAUCCACUAAUGUUUUUGACAUUUGAACUAUGCAAUCAGUUUCUACAAAGUUUCUAUGAAGAUUCUUCAACACUUUUCCUUGUUUUGUAGUAAAUGGGUGCUUUUCAAUAAUGACAAGAAUCUUUAUCUGUAAUUUAUUCCUGGUGAAAUUGUGCCUCACUUGAAAAGAAAAGAAAAGAUAAUAGUGUUUUGAAAUUUAAUCUAAUUAAAACAGAAAAACAUCAUCACCUUCUUCAUUAAUACUGUUAAUGUUAUUAAAUCCAUCAUAAUUUCAUGAAAUACCAGUAAUAGGUAUAAAAUAGUACAAUGUAAUUAGAUUGAAAUACUAUCGCAGAAAUAUAAUAUCUUUGAUACCUUACAGAUAAAGCCUUAAACACCUUUGAUCCAAAUAUAACUGGGAUGCAUGUCUUUAUUUACAGACACGUUUUGAUAUUCUAUUGUGUGAGAGAUAAUGUUGUAAUAUUAUUCAAACAUAUAUUUUUAAAAAUGCAUACAUGUGUUGACUGUGAUUAUACAUUUUGAACUAUGUUUAAAAUAUGUUGAUAUAUAUAAUUAUACACAAUUUUUUUGAUAUUGGCUUCUUAAUUAUUCUAUUACCUAGAUAUAUCUCUGAAAUACAGUCCUGAAGAUAUUUAUUUUGACAUGCACAAAUAAGUGCAAUUGAAAUUUUAACACAAAAAGCUGCAUGAAGUACUUUUAAUCUAUUUAUUCUAUUCUAGUAUCAUCAAUAUGAAAUUCAGCUGAGCUAAUGAAGUAUACAUUUAGAUCUGUCUUAUUAGCAUAUUGUAUAUAAAUUUGUGUCCAAACUUUGCUGCAAUGCACUGUGUUCAAUUUGCUGAUAUUUCGGCGCUACUUAGAAACAGUUCAAAAUAAUUUACAAUUUAUUUCCAAUGGUUGAAGUUUAACUUGGAUUUGUGGUCAGUAGGUUAAAUUUGAAAAUGUGUAAAGAUAGUCCUGCACCGAUUACGUUGGGAGGGUUUUUGAAACAAGAAGGCAAGAAAUGCUCAUGUAAUAGUUAUGUAUAUCUAUUUUCAAGGCAUGUUUCCCCUCAUGAAGUUGAUGUGACAACAGAAAAAUUGAGCUUAUAUUUAGCAUUUGUUCAAAAGAGGGUUUAACAAAGGAAGUUAGUCUGAAGUUUUCCUUUAUUGGACAGGAUCUAAAUAUAUAUUGCAUUUUGAAAAAAUAUGAUUUUCAGAUUGUGAUCACUUCUGGCUCAAAUAGAUAUUUCUACCUAGUUCUUGAGUUCUAAAAAGAAGCAAAAAACUUUCUUGAAGUGUUCCUCUUACUAUCCUCUACCUUUCUUCACUGUUCAUAUUUUAUCACUUCUUUUAAUUUUCUUUUUUUAAUUCAUGAAUUAAAAAACGUCAGUACUUUCAAAAGCACAAGAAUACAAACUUGAAUCAUGAAAAUAAUGUUGAAUGUUAUUUAUUGAGUGCUAUUUUUGUACAUUUUUGCUUCUAUUUCUAUUUUUCAUAAGAUGAAUGAGUCUUUCCAUUUUUAAAAUUAUUUUUAAUAUUGCUUGUGAUAUAUGUAAAUUUUGCUAGAGAAAAAGAUAACAUUGCAAUAUGUUGCAGUGCCUUAAUUGAUUAAUUUUCUAUUUCUUCACUUUGAUACAUUUUUAGUACCGGUACCAUAUUAAGCAAUUUCUUGCAAUUUAAUGUAAGCAUUAGCUGAAAGCUUUGUUUUUAUUUCUUUGUUAGGUUUUGUUUCAUUCUUUUUACCCAGUUAACCUGUUACCAUUUUUAUAUGUGCAGAUGCAGUUGAUCAUGAGGUUUGGUGCAUUCACAGAAACAAAUUCAAUUUUAUGAAUAUUUUUUAUGUAACCUUUAUAAAAUGAUUGAUGAAACAUUAAUUGUUAGAAUUUUCCUUCACUCAUACAAAAAUAAACCCUGUAAAAUUAACAAUUACCUUAAAAAAGAACGAAUAUGUAUUUCAGCUAAGAUUUGACAUUUACUAAAUAUCACUGUUGUGAAAUCAUAGGUCAUUAUUAUACAUAUGAGCCUAUUUCCAAGAAAAUAAAAUCAUGUAUUUGAUUCCCAUUGUUUGAUCAAGUUAAGUAUUGUGAGCAUAUUGCUUUUCCUCUGUAUAUUAACUCACUCCACCAAUCAUGGAGCAUCAGCAUGUAACCUACUGUGGGCGCAAGCUAUUGAAGCCAGCAGCCGGCACUGCUUGUGAAUAGAUGCUCUUGUGCAUUACAAUAGUGCAUGCCGAGCGUGCUUACUCUUGAUAUUCAAUCCUGUGCAUGUGCAAGAGCAUUUAUUUGCAAGCAGUGCCGGCUGCUGUUUUCAGUCACUUGCGCCCUUGGUAAAUUUCACUGUAGAUAUAUUUCAUCAAAUUUUUAUGUAUUAUAAUAAUAAUAUUGGCUUUCUUUUGUGGUAUAUCA